GGCAAAGAGCACGUUUACUUUGGGAGCGUUGCUGGGAUUAUCAUGUGCACACGAGUAUGUAAACGUCAGAGAAUAAUGACCGCAAUGGUCGCAGGCGCUUUGUGGGCAUUGAACGAUUCGAGUCACUGUUCGUGCAUUGGCGCUUCAUCGCCAAUGAUCAGACGUUCAUGGUCAGACGUUGCGGAGGAAUAUGUUUUCGCGAUUUGUUACAGUCCACUUGACAUGAGUCUGCGCUAAACUGUAGGUAUUCUGAAGAAAUCGUUCACAUGUUUGUGUUCUGAAGUUCAUACAUGAUGCGGAAUCUCUGGCACUGAUGAAUGGGAUAAGCUUUAUUAUGUAUGAUACCAGGUAAACUCUCGCCGCGAAAGGAUUUCAAUGUUGGCCAGCGACACAGAUCACAAGACAAAGUCGUGACAUCAGCUUGGUUUCGUCACCCUGGUUCAUAGAGAAUAUGCGGCGAGUGAAGCUGACCAACCUCUUGAUUUGUGGAAUCGCAGCAUUCCUGUUCGGUGCCACAUACGUUGCCUUCAAAGAACCACCCAAAGAUACUUUAAGGGGAGUCCCUGCCACGGACAGGGGGUUGCGGGGUGUGGUAGCACACCGGUCGAGCAACUCAGCCAUUCAAUCCUGGCAGCGAGAUAACGAGGACGACGCCUUGUUGCUUCCCUUUGCCAACCGCGCCCUGCCCAGGCACCUCUUACAGGUACCGAGUUACAUGCGCAUGCUCAACGCCUCUACGGAAGGUAUAGACAUCGACAUAGCCUGGGGAGACAUCGACUUCCACAAUCUGGAUCUUCGGACCGUCAUCGUGACUGGUCUUUCUGGAUACACGGAAGAGGAAGGGGUGGGGCUUGUUGCGUCUGCCCAAAUUCACAUGCCCUUCAAGAAGAUCAUCAUCUACGACCUAGGGGUCAAGAAGCGCACAAUAGACAGGCUGGCGCCGCUCUGCAAUGUGGAGAUCCGCAAGUUUCAAUUCACCAAGUAUCCUGCCCAUGUCAAGAUCCUCAGAAACAAUGCGUGGAAACUGAUCCUUAUCACGGAGGUUUUGGAGGAGUUCGGUUCAGUCUUCUACGCCCACCCUCGCCUCCGGUUCCGCGCACCCAUCAGCAUCCUCUUCCCCUUCGUCAAGCAGACGCACGGGUUCAUCCCGAGCAUGUCCGACGACACCUCGCUGCUGCAGGUCAGCCAUCCAAACACGCUGAGGCUCAUGAAGGUGAAGGCGGCUCAGCUGAACCGCACCGUCUCAAGGAGCCCCAUCCGCGUCAUGUCCGGCGACAUGCUCCUCUUCGUCAUGAACUCAACGCUGACCAACCGUGCCCUGCCGGAGCUCCGCAAGUGCCUCCUGCGGAGCCGGUGCCUAAGCCCGCCGGGGGCCAUGUGGCAUCCACAGCAGCGGCAGGGCAAAAGGCAUCAACACAGGCACCACUUCGACCAGACGCUGCUGUCCCUGAUGAUGUACAAACAAUACGGGGAGACCUGGGUGCCGGGAGAGGACGUGCGACGGAAGAUGAAACGACUGUACGUGGUCCUCGACGAGGGAGACCCCGUACACGAACUGUCCUGGUCCUUCCGAUGCAAUCCACCUAAGGAGGAGUUCGACCCGGCCAAAUUACUGCAAAAGAAACUACUAUGAGGGAGCUUCCAGCAGACAACUGCCAGCAUGUCGUCCCUGUUCAUUCAACAACGGCCCUCAACAAUGGCGGGAACAGUGGCACCAAUCACAUUUCAAAAAAAAUGCCAAGGGCCAGGUGUUUUGCACAAUAUAGCCAACACCAUGCUGAUCUGCUAUGCAUAGGGACUACACGGGAUUUCUGCAUGUGCGGUGGCACGCGCCCGAAUGAGCGGUACGCUUAAGACAGUGUAACAGUGAGCCGACAAGGAACGAAUGGAAGACCGAAGAAUGAAGACCUUAGGCGUAUGACGUCACGUUAGAGGCUAUUUCUUUCUCCGGGAUACGCUCGAGUAAUGUUUUUAUGCGUGCAUUGUAACGAUGUCAAAGUAACAAAGAACAGCCUCUGAGACGCAGUUUUGGACAGUUUUAAACUACUUGGAACUUUCCAAAAAGGCAAUAAGGACCAACUAGCAUUACUUCAGUAUUUUGCUUACCUCCAUGUCAUGAACACGUUUAAAUGCGAAAACAACCAACGGCCAAUUUUACAAAUGUGAGACAGACCUUUUCAGUGUUGUACUAAACAAUGUAAAUUCGCUUUGAAUUACAAAUUUAAAGAGGUUUUCAAGUUAUGAUGGAAUGGACAGUCCCAAGUCGUGCAUUAAAUAAUUGGCUGAUGUGUAUUAUAGCUGAUUUUCUCAAGAGGUGAGAAAAGCAUGCAUCUGUUUCGCAUCUUUAAUCCAAGGCCUAAUCACACGUACCUCUAGUCAAUUAUCGGUACCAAAAGGAUGGAGGAUUUCUUGGGUGCCCUUUGUGAGGUACCGUACUUUUUGCUGAUUAAGUUCUCAAAUACCGGGGUUGUUGCUCUCUUUCCUUCCCAUUUUUUUUUGAUUCACAAAAAAAAACCAAAAACAAAACAAAAAAACCCAAAAAACAAAACGAGCGCGUGUUGACGAGAGACUAGUCAAAUAGAUGAUUUUGAUCAAGCCGAUAUCUUCCUUUGCAAAGUACACUCACGAAGGCCAUCUGCCUAUGUAAACGGGUACAGUGAUCGUUGAUGGUAAAAUAAAUCUUAUAGAGUUAAAGGCCUCAGUACCGUAA